AGCAAUAAAAAUAACUUAAUAACUUUAUUGUUUUGGGUUAUAAAUGGUGGCAGUCAAGUUUGAACUUUAGUAUUUUUUCUGAUAAUCGUUCCCACAUUAAAUCCUCUGUAUUUGUUAAGGACGGAAAUUUUUUGAGGGAUGUUGAUCCCUAUGUUCAUCACCCACUCAAACCCAAUGUAAUUGAAGCCGCCACCGAGACGUGCAAUGAUUCCGGUUUCAGUUUAUUAGGUCUUCUAAUACAGAAGUUAUUAAAGCUCUUAAAAUUUCGAUAGAUGGUUGUGUAGUUUUGUAGGAGAGUUAACCCCAUUUCACCUUAUCAUGUUCGAACAUAUGCACCUUCUCUGUCAUUUUUAACGAUAAAGACAAUUUAGCGUUGGAGCAGUAGUAAAGAAUUUCUAUGAAGUUAAUUCCGUGGCCAGAAAUAGAUGAUAUCAUUGUUAAGUCUUUUAUGCAGUGUAAUAAAAUAUAUGCUUUCAAAUAAAGUUAGUUGACAACGACUUUACCACUUCUGCAUCACAGUAGGAAAAUUAGUGUGCUUUUAUUUAUCUGCUAUAAAUACAAUAUGGAAGGCAUAAGAAAGAAUAAAUCUUAAAUUUUACGAUAUUUUUGAAACUUGGAUUACUCAAUGUUAUUUCUCCUUUUUUUGUUGUUAAUGCAUAAUUGUAAAUAAUUUUACUUCAAAAAAAUGUUUUAUCAAUGCUCUUAUUCAAUUUAUUUGGUUUUAAUUUUAUAUACAAUUUUUUAAUUAUAAUAUAAAAAAAUCAUAAGGAGAAAAUAUUAUAAAAAUUAAUUAAAUUUACAAUAUGGGCGCAACAAUGGGUAAAAACGGUGGGAACAUAUUGGAUUCAUUACCAUCGACACAGGGAACAUUACAUAUUGUAAUGCUGGGAUUAGAUUCAGCUGGUAAAACAACAGCAUUGUAUAGACUUAAAUUUGAUCAAUAUUUAAAUACAGUACCAACAAUUGGUUUUAAUUGUGAAAAAAUUCGUGGUACUGUGGGUAAAGCAAAGGGCGUACAAUUUUUGGUAUGGGAUGUUGGUGGACAAGAAAAGCUUCGUCCAUUAUGGCGUAGUUAUACAAGAUGUACGGAUGGUAUAGUUUUCGUAAUCGAUUCAGUGGACGUUGAAAGAAUGGAAGAAGCUAAAAUGGAGUUAAUGCGUACAGCAAAGUGUCCUGAUAAUCAGGGUGUUCCAGUUUUAAUAUUAGCGAAUAAGCAAGAUUUACCUGGUGCUCGUGAGCCAAAAGAAUUGGAAAAAUUAUUAAGCUUACAUGAGUUGUCAACAACAUAUGUAGGUUAUCAAAAUAGUUUUACACAUUCAAUAUCAAUUAGUCCAUCAUCGAAUAACCCAUCUGGUUUAUCGCAACAGCAACAAACACAACAGCAACAACAGCAGCAACAAACAUCAGAUCAAACAUCGAUAAAAACAAACAAUUCAUCGCAAAAUAUUAAUACAGCAGCCACAACACCAAUUGGUAGUUGUGGUAGUAAUAUAUCAACUAAUAAUUUUGGUAGCUCAAAUAAAACAAAUUCUUCUUUGAAACAACAACAACAGCAACACCAACAACAACGAGAUGAUUUAAAAACGACAAUAACAUCGAAUAAUAAAAAUCAAUUAAAUAAAUCAAUAUCAACAGAAAUAAAAAGUGAUUUAAUAACAUCAGUUACUGACCAACAUCAUCAUCAUCAACAACAGCAACAAUUGCAACAACAGCAACAACAACAAAUAUUAACACAAGAAUCUAAAAGUGAUUUUAAACAUUUUAAUUUAGUAAGCUCGAAUUCAAAUAUAAAUAAUAGCAGUAGCAGUAGCAAUUAUCAAAAUUUUAAAGGAUGGUAUAUACAACCAGCGUGUGCAAUCACCGGUGAAGGUUUACAAGAAGGUUUAGAUGCAUUAUACGAUAUGAUAACAAAAAAACGAAAAAUGAAUAAAAUUAAUAAAAAGAAACGGUAAAAUAGAGUUUAAUCCUUUUUUUUUUAUUUUUAAGAAAAAAAGGAGCGUGUAAAAAAGACUAUGCAAUCUGCAUAUGUAUAUAUAUAUAUAUAUUUUAUGUAUAUAUAUAUGUGUAUAGUAUCUACAUAUUAUACUUUUUAAAUAAAAUAUAUAAUUAAAAAAUAAAUUAUAAAAUUGGGAAAAAAUCAAAAGUUAUAAAAUUAAGUUAAAAAAAAAAUAUUUUUAUAACAUUUUGGAAUCCGUCAAAAUUUUUUAUCGAAAUACAUAUAUUUCUCUAAAAAAACAAAAAAUCAACUCAAUUCAUAAGUAAUAGAUGAAUUUCUAUAUUAAUAAUGAAAAAAGAAUCAGUAAAUUAAUUUUUUGAAUAAAAUGAAAAAAUUUCAGCUUAUUCCCCAGAACAAAAGCUAAAUAAUAAAAAUUAGAACUUAUGGGGGCAUAGAUACAUAGCUGGAUUUACAUACAUACCUAUAAAAAGUAAAUUUUAAUGUGUUGCAGUUUAAAAUUUAAAAUCAAUUAUGUAAUUAAAAAUAAAUUUAGUGCACAUAUGAAUUAAAAUUUAAAAGAUUAUGUAUAAUUUAAAUUUAUUAUUUUUUUACAGAAAAAUUUUAUGUUUCGAAAUUUGCCAAAUCUUUUCAAUUUAGAUAUUAACAUCUUUAUCUAUUGAUUUAUUUA